AUGAGUGUGCUCCAGUGGGAGAAGCUGUCGAUGGGGAAGCUCGCGCACACGCUGUGGGGAGACGGAGGGAGCGACGGCGGCGCCAAGGGCGCGGCGGGGGCGCUCGAGAAGCUCAUGGAGCCGGGGCGCGCCUUCGAGAUCGACAUCUCCGCCCUCGAGGGCCGCUUCGCCCGCCCCGACCCGUCCGCCCGCUUCCGGCGCGCCGAGAGCGACAACUCGGACAGGUCGACAGUCGGCUCCGCGGACGGGGGCACGCCGCGCGCGCGCGUCUCCCUCCUCGAGCCGAAGCGCUCCACGUCGGUCGGCAUCGCCGAGAACACGCGGCGAACUGUCGGCAUCGUCGAGAACAAGCUGCGCGGCGCGCUGGGCGGCAAGCCGCUGCGCGACGCCAUCCUCGAGCACGGAGCCUAG